CCUUCUGCCUUAGCCUCUCUUAGGCAUUCAUCAAACAACUCGCCAUUUCUCUGCAACUCUAAUUCAAUAAUGGAAGUUCAAGCUAAGUUGCAAGACGACCUCAUCGUUUUUCGCUCAAAACUCCCUGAUAUCUACAUCCCAAAUCAUCUCCCUCUCCAUUCAUAUUGCUUUGAGAAUAUUGCGCAAGUCGCCUCACGUCCUUGUUUGAUCAAUGGCUCCACCGGCGACGUCUACACCUACUCCGAAGUAGAAAUCACCGCCCGCAAAAUCGCUGCCGGUUUAAACAAGCUCGGCAUUCAACAGUACGACGUUAUAAUGUUGCUCCUCCCUAACUUUCCAGAAUUCAUUCUUUCAUUCCUUGGAGCUUCCUAUGGCGGCGCAAUCGCCACCGCCGCUAACCCUUUUUUCACUCCGGCAGAGAUUGCAAAACAAGCCGACGCGUCGAACGCCAAGCUCAUAAUAACACAAGCGUGUUACGUCGACAAAGUUAAGGCCUUAGCCGAAAAAAGAGACGUCAAGAUCAUGUGCAUUGACUCCGCCCCAGACGGUUGCUUACAUUUCUCUGAACUAACCCAAGCAGAUGAGAACGAUUUGCCGGAGGUUAAAAUCAACCCGAACGACGUCGUAGCGUUGCCAUACUCCUCCGGCACCACGGGGCUGCCAAAAGGAGUGAUGUUAACGCACAAAGGACUCGUUACAAGCGUGGCGCAACAAGUUGAUGGAGAGAAUCCCAAUUUGUAUUUCCAUUGUGAAGAUGUGAUUUUAUGUGUGUUGCCGUUGUUUCACAUCUACGCUUUGAAUUCGAUUUUCCUUUGCGGGCUGAGGGCCGGGGCUACCAUUUUGCUCAUGCAGAAAUUUGAGAUAAAUUCACUGCUUCAACUGGUACAAAGGUACAAGAUAACGGUGGCGCCGAUGGUGCCGCCGAUUGUUUUGGCCAUCUCGAAGUCCCCGGAUGUCGACAAGUAUGACUUGUCGUCUAUCAGAAUUAUAAAAUCCGGAGCCGCGCCGCUGGGGAGGGAACUUGAAGAUUCUGUGAGAGCCAAAUUUCCCAACGCUACACUUGGUCAGGGAUAUGGAAUGACAGAGGCAGGGCCAGUUUUAGCAAUGGGUUUGGCGUUUGCAAAGCAACCAUUUCCAAUAAAACCAGGAGCCUGUGGAACUGUUGUUAGAAAUGCAGAGAUGAAGAUUGUCGACCCUGAUACCGGCGUUUCCCUUCCUAGAAAUCAGGCAGGAGAGAUUUGCAUUAGAGGGGAUCAGAUUAUGAAAGGAUAUUUGAAUGACCCGGAGGCCACCAAGAGGACAAUAGACAGUGAAGGGUGGCUGCAUACCGGAGACAUUGGCUACAUUGAUGACGAUGAUGAAUUGUUCAUCGUUGAUCGAAUGAAGGAGAUCAUCAAAUACAAAGGAUUCCAAGUUGCUCCUGCUGAACUUGAAGCCAUGCUUCUCAGCCAUCCCAGAAUCAGUGACGCAGCCGUUGUCCCGAUGAAUGAUGAUCAAGCUGGAGAGGUUCCUGUUGCAUUUGUUGUCAAGGAAAAUAAUUCUGAAAUCACUGAGGAUGAAGUCAAGCAAUUUAUUUCCAAACAGGUUGUGUUUUACAAGAGAAUAAAUCGUGUCUUUUUUAUUGAAGCAAUUCCAAAAGCACCAUCAGGGAAGAUUUUAAGAAAGGACUUGAGAGCUAAAUUAGCAGCUGGCUUACCAAACUAGGCCCUUGAUAAUCAGAUAAAUGCAAACUGCUUUUGGGGAAAAGCAAUAAAUUUGGCUUCAAACGAAAUUAAGUUGGUUUUGGUUAUGGGUUUUGUUGUUGAUUAUAUUGAUAUUCAUAUUCACUGUUGAAUUUCAAAAGAAGUGAUUUCUGUAAAUCUAUGAAUUCAAAUUAAGAAUCUAUCAUUACAAAAUAUUAUUUGACUUUGUUA